GGGCUCUCGCUCAGAGUUCUCGGUGGAAGUGGUUUUUCCGGGAGAGACCACGCUUCCCCGCAAGCUCCCCAACGGCUCCGCCUUCCCGCCGGAGCCUGACCCUUCCCAGCGUGCCCGGCAAUUCCGGCGUGCGAGGCCCUUGGAGGGCAAGGCCCCUGGGCCUGGCUUAGGAGGGCGAGAGGCAGGCUGGGAAUUGUAGUUCUCAAGCCCCCGAGGGCGGCUAGAGGCUGGCGGUGAAGAGGACUAGUUGUCCCAGCGUGCCCUGCGCCUCAGCCCGCGCGCUCGCAGCUUCUCGCUCUCGCCAGCUUGCCCGCUCCCUUGCUUGCUCGCGCUUUCGCUCGCCCUCUCCUCGAGGAUCUAGGGGACUCUGACCACAGCCUGAGGCUGGGAACGGGGACAGAGGCGGCGGCUCAGGGGAAACCAGGCUGCAGUGGUGGUGGUAGGAAGAUGUCGGGCGAGGACGAGCAGCAGGAGCAAACUAUCGCCGAGGACCUGGUCGUGACCAAGUAUAAGAUGGGGGGCGACAUCGCCAACCGGGUACUUCGGUCCUUGGUGGAAGCAUCUAGCUCAGGUGUGUCGGUACUGAGCCUGUGUGAGAAAGGUGAUGCCAUGAUUAUGGAAGAAACAGGGAAAAUCUUCAAAAAAGAAAAGGAAAUGAAGAAAGGUAUUGCUUUUCCCACCAGCAUUUCGGUAAAUAAUUGUGUAUGUCACUUCUCCCCUUUGAAGAGCGACCAGGAUUAUAUUCUCAAGGAAGGUGACUUGGUAAAAAUUGACCUUGGGGUCCAUGUGGAUGGCUUCAUCGCUAAUGUAGCUCAUACUUUUGUGGUUGAUGUAGCUCAGGGGACCCAAGUAACCGGGAGGAAAGCAGAUGUUAUUAAGGCAGCUCACCUUUGUGCUGAAGCUGCCCUACGGUUGGUCAAACCUGGAAACCAGAAUACACAAGUGACAGAAGCCUGGAACAAAGUUGCCCACUCAUUUAACUGCACGCCAAUAGAAGGUAUGCUGUCACACCAGUUGAAGCAGCAUGUCAUCGAUGGAGAAAAAACCAUUAUCCAGAAUCCCACAGACCAGCAGAAGAAGGACCAUGAAAAAGCUGAAUUUGAGGUACAUGAAGUAUAUGCUGUGGAUGUUCUCGUCAGCUCAGGAGAGGGCAAGGCCAAGGAUGCAGGACAGAGAACCACUAUUUAUAAACGAGACCCCUCUAAACAGUAUGGACUGAAAAUGAAAACUUCACGUGCCUUCUUCAGUGAGGUGGAAAGGCGUUUUGAUGCCAUGCCAUUUACUUUAAGAGCAUUUGAAGAUGAGAAGAAGGCUCGGAUGGGUGUGGUAGAGUGCGCCAAACAUGAACUGCUGCAACCAUUUAAUGUUCUCUAUGAGAAGGAGGGUGAAUUUGUUGCCCAGUUUAAAUUUACAGUUCUGCUCAUGCCCAAUGGCCCCAUGCGGAUAACCAGCGGUCCCUUUGAGCCUGACCUCUAUAAGUCUGAGAUGGAGGUCCAGGAUGCAGAGCUAAAGGCCCUCCUCCAGAGUUCUGCAAGUCGAAAAACCCAGAAAAAGAAAAAAAAGAAGGCCUCCAAGACUGCAGAGAAUGCCACCAGUGGGGAAACAUUAGAAGAAAAUGAAGCUGGGGACUGAGGUGGGUCCCAUCUCCCCAGCUUGCUGCUCCUGCCUCAUCCCCUUCCCACUACACCCCAGACUCUGUGAAGUGCAGUUCUUCUCAACCUAGGACCGCCAGCAGAGCAGGGGGUCUCCCUGCCCCGACCCCAGUUCCCCAGCCCACUCCCUUCCAACAACAACCAGCUCCAACUGACUCUGGUCUUGGGAGGCAAGGCUUCCCAACCACGGAAGACUACUUUAAGUGAAAAAAAGAAAUUGAAUAAUAAAAUCAGGAGUCAAAAUUCAUCGUCUUCAAGCCCCUCUUUCUAGCCUUUUCUACUACUGUCUGCUUGGUCAAGGUUUGUAGCCCUACCACAGAACAGGGCUAAAUUAGCCACCGCCACUGAAAACUCAGCUGAAUUUUUUUAUACCACUCUGACAUCAGCGUUUUUCCAUCUGUUUGGGGCUUUUUCCUCUCUUUUUCCCAUUUUCCCCAAGUAUUUUAUCUGGCUUCAAAAUUAGGAGGAUUAUUUUUUCAGAUUGUUUUUAUUCAGUGUGGCCAACUCCUCAUCUUGAUUCAGGCCGUCCAGUCAGGCCCCUCCCAUUUUAGGAGUUGGAACCUUGAUUUAUGAAGAGAUUCUCAUCUAUGAAAUGGAUCCUCAUUUGUAAAUCUUUGUUCUUCCAUUUUCACAAAGCUGUAAAGAAAUAAUUCAUCUCAACCUUACCCUUUUCUCUGGAGUCAGUGGGGUCUUCCCUCACUCCAUCUUACACAAACCUGAGCUGGAAGCUCAACUGGUUUUGUUCCCUGUUUGAAAUAUUGUGAUCUCCCUCCCUUGAAAGAAAAAGGAAGAACCAGAGGAGUAGACUGAAGAUACAACUCCUGGCUUUCUGAAGCUAUGGACUUGGAUUGGAUUGCUGGGGGUUUGUAGCGAAAGGUGACAUAUUUCAGUACCUCUGGCAUGCUGUCCCAGGAAACUAGGGCUCCCACUAACUUAUGAGGUUUUUAAACACAUUGAAAAUGACAUGACAUUAAAAUAAAUUUGGAUUUGCUCAUAA